AUGGUGGACGAUAAGAAGUCUGGAUCCGGCCAUAAGGCUGAGAGAAAGGAUUCUAAGGGCGAGCGCCUCACCAAGCUGGAGAACAUGCUCAAGCAGCUGGAGGUCGUAAACCUCAAGACCAAGGCCCAGCUCGCUGCAAUCCGGGCCAAGCUGGACUCUCUCGAUCGCCGGAUCGACCACCACGAGGCUGGUUUCCAGCAUCUCGCCGCCUCGUCUGCCGAAUCGUCGGAGAAGCUCCGUGCGAGCCUCCGAGGCAAGCUCCCCGAGUAG